UCAAAAUGGCGUCUGCCCCUUGGGUUAAAUAUGAUGAUGGGACAUCCGAUGGGUUUUCAGCCAAUUGUUUUCCUGUUCGAAGUCUUGUCAGACACCCAGAAGAUGUCAGUGGUGCAUGGCUGUUUGAACAAAAAGCAGAACAAAGAAGAAGAUUUAAGGCUGUGCUAUGUACAAAGCCAAAAACAUAUGCACAGAUAAAAGAAGAAAGAAAACGAUCAGACCGUGAAGGGACGUCUUUUAAUCCUGCUGAAAUUCCAAACUUGGAUGAAGAUGAAGAAGAACAGCAGGAGGCACCAGCAUUAGAUGGUUUCUUCUUGAUGAGACAUUGCUGUGUAGAAGACCCUUCAGAUUUAUGUUCAGUCAACAUAGCUGGAAAAGAAUUGUCAGAAUUUAAAGAAGAAGAUUUUGCACUUUUUGAUAAUGUUGCAUAUGUGAAUGCUUCUGAAAAUUAUCUCCCUUUUGAGGCUUUUAGAGGUUUUCCAAUAAUCAGAGAACUGGAGAUUCCACUGAAUGGCCUCAGGAGUAUAAGAUUAUCUCCAGGGGAUUACCCUACCUUAGAGAUAGUAGAUAUCUCUUAUAACAACCUUUCCCAUGAAGAUAUACUGUCACUGGGUACAUUACCUAACCUUAAAGUUUUACAUCUGACUGGUAAUAAUUUCCGAUCCUUACCACCAGAUAUGGCACUACCUUUCCAGGACAGUACAAGUAAAAGAAAGAUUCCACGCUUCCGUAACUUAGAGAUACUGAUGCUGGAUGAUAACAAGUUGUGUUAUGUUGCCUUAUUUGCUGCUUUAGCUGGUCUAAGAAGGCUUAGACAUCUUAAUUUAGAGAAAAAUGAAAUAUUUUAUGUUCCACAACUGAAAUCAGUAGAGGGAAGUAUGGUUGUAAGUGAAGACGAUACAGGUGAAAAACGAAAAAAAUCAGGCAAGAGAACAUCAAGAACACCAAGAUCAAAUCGACACAAUCGUAGAAAGUCUGACCAUACAUCAGAAACUUUACCUACUGUUUUAUCAGAACCUGGGGUACCAGUGAAUACAGAGGCUUCAAUUCCUGUUCCUGCUAAUUCAGAGGUCGUCUCAAAUUCCAAUGACAACCCAGAUACAGAGGUUAAGGUUGACAUUGAAGAGAAAGAAGUUAAAAAAGAAGAGUUAGGAAUAGAUUUAAAUGAAGAAUUUGAAGACUUCUCCAAAUCUUUGGCAGACUUGGAUAUAGAUACAGACUUGCCCACAGAACUUGAGACUGAAUUUUCAGCUGAUGGAUCCAAAAACCCAAUUGUGGAUAAAUUUGGACAGGAGCCUAAGGGACCACCACUACCUCCUUUUCCAGAACUAAGAUAUCUAAAUUUGUCUUAUAAUUUGAUUGCAGAGGAGGAGGCAUUAUUAUCUAUAGCAGCUUGGCCAAUGUUGUCAGAACUGCUGAUAGCAAAUAAUCCUCUGACAACAGAGAAAAGUGGUGAUCCUCCAUUACUUAAGAGAUUCUUACAAGAUAGACUGGGAAUACAACUUGUCAGGAAAAAGGAGACUGAAACAGGAAAACCAACUAUUGAAGUCCAUGCCAGAAAGUCAAGAAAAGUUUCAAGUAGAGUUCCAAAGAUUCCUAAAAUUUCACUAGAAGAGAAACUCAUGCUUGAAGCUCCACCUAGACCUCCAUCAGUUCCAAAACCAUCACAUAUGAAAGCCCUUCCACCAAUACCGACUGCUAAUAAUAAAAAUGGUCAUCAUUCAAAGUCAGGAGAAAAUAAUAUUCCAUCUACUCCUGUCUAUCAGCGUGCAUUUUCAGAACAAUCUGAGGAAGUUCCUAGUUCACCUGUGUUUAAAAGACAGUUCUCAGAACAAUCAGAAAAGUCUGAAGACUUGCCUAAUGCAGCUGCUUACAAAAGACAGUUUUCUGAGGAAUCUGGAGGAAUUCCUGAUUCUGCUGCAUAUAGACGAGCUCACUCAGAAACACCUCAAUCAAUACCAGGAGAAAGUGAAUACAAGAGAAGAGUAUCUGAGGAAUCCGGAGGAAUUCCCGAAUCUUCUACUUACAGGAGAGCUCAUUCUGUAACCCCUCAAAAUAUUCCUGCAGAAUCGGACUACAAAAGACAAUUUUCACCUCAAGAGCAAACUAUUCCGUCUUCUUCUGAUUAUAAACGACCAUACUCAGCAGGAGCAAUGCCACAACAGAAGGAACCUGAUGAUAAACCAGAAUCAAAGUCAGCAUGGUCAGAUGCACAACCUGAUCAAGCUUUCUUUAUGACUCAGGUUGAUGAAACAGAGGAAGCAAAGCCUACAAAAUCAAAACCAAAAAAGGAAAAAGUCAAACAAGGCAAAUCCAAACCAAAAUUGGAUGAUAAAUAUAAAGGCUAUGAAAUUCUUCUUGAUUUCGAAGAGGAUCCUCAUUUUAUGGAUCCAAAAGAUAUGCAAGGCAAUGUUAAGGCUUUAAAGUUUGCACUUGGACAUGAACUUGUAUAUAGGGAUGCAGCGGCCAGAUUAGAUCGCAUAGAAAAAUCAGUAGAACCAUAUAAAAAGUGGGAGAUGCCACCAAAGGUGCCAAGGAAGACUAGGGGAGAGAGAGUGGAUGAUGUGCUUACCAAGCUUAAGCACCGUGAAACUGUUGAUGAAGCCAACCUCAGCAAUGUAUUGAAGGAUACUCGUUCUAAGAGAAAACAGUUCCCAGAGGCGCAGACUCUUCUGGCUGAGAUUCAGAAGAGAUACAACACAGUGAGAGUUAAUUCAAUGAAGGAAGCCAGAGAAGUUAAAAAGGUCAUGACAGGAACAGCUCAUGAUUUAUCAAAGAAAGCAGAGAUAUUAAAAGCAACAUAAUACUUUUAAGUUGAUAUUGUUUAACUCUUGUAAGUAAGAAAGGACAUCGGUAUUUUUGUACAACUUGAUGAAAUUUCUUGAAAUAUGACAGUCACUAUAUUUUGCAACAGAUUUCCAUGGGAAGAAGUACUCUUUGAAAUAUUAAAACCUUCUCCUUCUUAUAACUUUCCUGUAUCUAGCUGUUAGAUUUAGCAUCAUUUGAUGUCCCUAAAUAAACCAAAAUAUGAUAUUGACCAUAGUUUUUAAAUUUUCUAGAAAUUGAUUGGCUGCAUUGCAAUUUUUUUGGUCUAAAACAUAAAUGGUUUUCAAGGAUUCUCCGUACCCAAAAAAUCACAUCAGUAGAUGAUAAUGAUGUCCUGUAGUCUUUUUUUUUUUAUAAAAUAUAAUACCACUAGACUCAUACAGUUGAUAUUUUUUCAAAGAAUUUUCUUAUUUUUAUGAGCUAACAUGUUAUGAUUUUUUGUAUAAUUUAAUAAAUACUUCCAGGUCAGAUUCAUUACUUGGAUGUUAAAUUCCAAGGAAAUUCAAUAUUUAGUGAAGAAAUAUUGAAAAAUGUAGCUCUUUGAUGAAAACAGUAGUACUGCAGAGCAUAAAGUCUUUUUGGGGCACUGAUCUCAAAAAAGCUUUGUAUAGAAAUAAAAACCAAUCAGUAGUAAGAGAUAUGCCCAAAAAUGAAUUGCUUUAUUCAAAAUUAAAUAUUACAAUUUCUACUCUUUCACCCAGAAGAGAUGACUAAUGUUUACACAGCAUAUUGCCAGAUUAAUGUUCAUAUUUUGCCUAGGAUAAAAAUUGUGACAUUUUGUAUUGUUGUGCAUGUGCAAUUUUGUGAAGUACAGGCUGUGAUAGAUGAUACAACUUAAUUUAAAGUGGAUUCUGUAUGUAUGAAAAGUUGUUCAAGUUGCACAGAUGUGAUUGCUUUUUGUUAUUUAAUAAAUGUUUACAAACAUA